ACUGCACCACACUACGGUCAUUGGAGAUACUUGGGGACCUAAAGGAUUGAAAAGUCCUGUAUAUACGCUUACCUGACGUUUUCAACAAGAAGUAUUGUGGCAGAGGUUCGAACCAACCAUAACCGCGUGCGACUAUCUUGAGUAACCUAUCUACCAACCCCUGCGCUUGAAUACAGACCUCAACAUGUCGACUUUAGGUCACACUCAUUCACAUGACCACGGAUUGUCUCACUCCCAUGAUGAUACCGAUGCUUUUGGUGGUCAUGGUCACUCGCAUGAAAUCUACGAUGGCCCAGGCUCGUAUCUGAAUCGCGAACAACCACUUUCUCAGCAUGAAGGAAGGGAUUGGAAGGAUAGAGCUUUUACAAUUGGUAUUGGAGGACCAGUUGGAUCCGGAAAAACAGCGCUGAUGUUACAACUAUGUCUGACAUUGAGAGACCAAUACAACAUCGCAGCUGUUACAAAUGACAUUUUCACAAAAGAAGACGCAGAAUUCCUAACCCGCAACAAAGCCCUCCCCCCCGAAAGAAUCUCCGCCAUCGAAACAGGUGGAUGCCCCCACGCCGCCGUCCGCGAAGAUAUCAGCGCAAACCUCCUCGCCCUGCAAACCCUCCAACGCAAAUUCAACACUGAUCUACUCCUUAUCGAAUCCGGCGGUGAUAACCUGGCCGCAAACUACUCACGCGAACUAGCUGAUUUUAUCAUCUAUGUCAUCGACGUCGCGGGCGGUGAUAAAGUCCCUCGUAAAGGUGGACCGGGGAUCACGGGAAGCGAUUUGUUGGUCAUUAACAAGAUUGAUUUGGCGGAGGCUGUGGGCGCGGAUUUGAGUGUUAUGGAGCGUGAUGCGGGAAAGAUUAGGGAAGGGGGUCCGACGGUGUUUGGGUCUGUAAAGCAUGGGAAUGGUGUGGAUCAUAUUGUGAAUUUGAUUAUUAGUUCAUGGAAGGCUAGUGGUGCGUAUGAGACGAGUUUGGAGAGGUGGAAGAAUGGUGCUCCUAAGAAUUCGGGGGGUGUCUGAUUUAAAGUCUGAUUGAGGGAGGCUAAAGUUGCCUUUCAUCAAGGACUACCAUGAUUACAUUUAAUGGAAAUGAACUACUGGGUAUGUGUAACUUUUAUUCAAAUUGACUUCCACUAGCCAAUAUCUCAUUUAUAUAGUCAUGACACGUAACCAUCAUGUCAAUAGGGUAUGCAGUUUGUCAUAAGCCAUUACCACAGCGAAAAGAAAAACAAUAAUAGCAGACUAAUGCAAAAUCAUUAUGCAGCAUUUUCAACCUCUUCAAUAGCUCGCGCUCUUCUCGGGAAGACUCUCUUAUAUAAACUAAUUCCCACAGAGUCUUGAGGAUUAAUCUUUGCGUCAAACAUCGCUUUGAAGUAACCGUGAGUUCCCAGGCUCUCCUUGACGAAACCACUGCGGCCACGCUUGGUCCAGAGUUGCAGAGCCUUGAACCAAUGGACAUCUUCAGCAUUAAAGAACAUAUAACGCACUGUGACAACCUUCUUGUGGAUCUUGUAAGGGUGGCCAGUAAGGAUGGCUCGUUUGGCGACCACUCGUGAAGGAUCGGGUGCAACGACUGUGCCUGUUGCGAUGAGCUCCAGACGGUUGGAUGUCUUUCCAGCGAUGGUGCUGCCAUCGGCGGAGGCGAGGACUUCAGGAUCGUCGACAGCCUGCUUUUUGAAUACUAAAACUGGAACAGCGCCCCAUGUUACAGGGCCGAUAAAGGUAGCAAUGGCGCUGCGGCCAGGAUGAAGGUAUCGAUCAAAUUUGUGCACAUUGUUUGGUGUAUUUCCUGCACCGGAAUAGAUUGGAUUCACGACAAGACGGCGAGGCCCGCAUUGAAUGAUGACUUCCUCCUUGGACUUGAUGGGCCUCUCGACGGAAGAGUUCAAUGUCAUAUUGAUAUUAAUGACAGUGUGUUUAUGCUCAUGUCGAAGCAGGGAGUAUAAUGCUACUGGCAAAGGAUUAUUGCGCAGUGCUGACGGUACGGCCUUCAAGUGCACAUUCACUCGUGUGCCGGGUGUAACACCACCUAUAAGAGCCUCCCUGAUCAUUUUGUUCUUGAUACCUUUGUAGUCAUUAAAUUGAAGUAAUCUUCGCCAAUCUUCCGGUUCAAAUGGUCGAUCUUCCGAUGUCUCCCAGCGACUAGUCUUGAGGCUUUUCAGGCCACGGUACUUCUGUAGUCGCUCUCGAGCGAGGACAUUGGGGUGUAACUCGAUCUCAUCAGGAAACUCCAGGUCAUCUUCUGCUUCAGUCCGUCGGCUAGCACGGUAAUUUUCAAGUUGAUCGGCUUCGUCUUCUGGUGACGGGUCUAAGAACAUCUCUGAUUGAGGAUACUCUGACGGGCCACCCUCGGUCAUUGCAUCACCGUGGUCCGGGAAGACACCAUCCUCAGGACGACCUUCGGUUUCAUCAACUUCCAUCUCCAUAUCUUCAUCUUCAUUGUCAACCAUAUCGGAUGCAGAAUCAGAAUCGUCCUCGAGAAACCAGGCAGCUUGGUAAUCUGAAGUACCCUUGGGUAGUCGCUUUGGCCGUGCAGGAA